AUGGCCGUGGUGGCGAGCCUGGACGAGUUUGUGGAGAAGGGCCAGCUGGAGUGCCUCAACGAAGACAAGGAGCACCCGGUGCUCAACAUCUUGGACCCAAGUCCGGACACGGCCCUCAGCUCGGACGAGAACGUGGACCAUCAGCUCCUGCUCAAGGUGCAGUUCCGGGUGCCGGUGAAGCUCCAGAGCGUGCGGAUUCUGGGCUCUUCCGAGGUGAACAUGGGCUUCGAAGAUGCAGACGAAGAGCCCGUGCAG